CUUUCGGUCGAUGCGGUCGGCUCUGAGCGCCAGUCCGGCAGUCCGGGCCGAGAGAUGGCGUUGGUCCCGCUCCCGCCCGAGUACACACAGUUGCGAGUGCGCCGCUAGCGAGCGAGCCUGGCCGCGCACAACGAGGCCGAAACGCUGGAUUUAUCCCUUUUUCUGGAAGGGAUGGAAGAGAACACUGGAGGUAGAGGAUAUAUACGAUCCUCUCAAAGUAGACCAAUCAGUUGUUUUGGGGGACAAAUUAGCAGCUAAUUGGGAAUUGGAACUAUCUCGUCAAAAUGAAAAGUCAAGCCGACCCCCAAGCCUCAUCCGCAGUUUAUUGCGGACAUUUACCACUGACUUGAUUAUUCUAGCUAUUCCAAUGUUGAUAGAAAUUACUUUGAAUAUUACUCAAAGCAUUCUUCUUGGUAAGCUUUUAUCCCACUUCCGGCCUGUUCCGCUGGUUUCUAGAGAAGAUGCAAUGAUAUAUGCAGGUGCAAUGGUCCUAUGCACCCUCAUCUCCCUCGUUUGUCGGAAUACCUAUGAGCUGACAGCAUAUCAUACUGGGCUACGCAUUAGGGCAGCAUGCUGUUCCAUCAUUUAUCGCAAGGCUCUGAGAUUAAGUAGCAGUGCCAUGGGAGACAUGGCAUCGGGUCAAGUAGUGAAUUUACUCUCAAAUGAUGUCAGCCGGUUUGAUAUCAUGUCAAUAUUUUUUCAUUAUAUGUGGACAGCCCCACUUCUGACAGUAGUUAUUAUGGUGCUUUUUGUGAGAGAUGGAGGCUUACCAGCUCUAUGUGGAUUUUCAGUUAUUUUGUCAGUGACACUAGCUCAAUCAUACAUUGGUAAGCUGUCCUCCAAAUUUCGCCGUUACAUUGCCCUUCGAACUGACGAACGUGUUCGGCUGGUCAAUGAAGUUAUUUCUGGCAUCCAAGUAAUCAAGAUGUAUGCUUGGGAGAAACCAUUCAUUGCCCUCAUCAGAAUGGCAAGAGUGAAAGAACUUUUUGAGUUGAGAAAGACAGCAACAGUACGUGCAAUUUUCAUGACGGCCCAUUUGUGCACAACUCGGCUUUCUCUCUUUGUUUCUAUUUUAGCUGUUUCUAUGGUUGGAACAAGAAUUACUUCAGAUAAGGUUUUUGUUUUCCAUUCUUAUUAUAAUGUGAUAUCAUGGGCCUUAUCUGGAAUGUUUGUUCGUGGUUGUGCUGAACUUUCAGAAAGUUACACCUCUAUCCAGAGAAUUCAGAGUUUCUUGUUAAAAGAAGAAUUUACAUCUGUACCUAGUAUUGAAAAUAAAAAUGGUAAACAUGAGAACGAACCGAGCAAGAAAAAUGAAGAAACCAAGGCACUUUUGAAUGGUACAAAACCUGUUCCAUUCAUUGAACCUCUUGAUGAAAAUUGCCGAUUAAUGCUUGAUAAUGUGGAAGCAAAGUGGAAUCUGGAUUCACCCAAUCUGUCUCUUGAUAAAAUGAGUUUCAGUGUGGCAAAAGGACAGCUCCUUGCCAUCAUUGGUCCUGUUGGUGCAGGAAAGAGUUCUGUUCUUCAAUCUAUUCUGGGAGAGCUAAAACCACUUGAGGGUAAGGGAAGUGUGAAAAUUAAUGGAAAAAUAUCAUAUGCAAGCCAAGAUUCAUGGGUGUUUGCUGCAACAGUCCGACAAAAUAUUUUGUUUGGAUCUGCCUAUGACAAGAAACGGUAUGAAAAGGUUGUCAAAUCGUGUGCUUUGCUGAAGGAUUUUGAACAAUUUCCACAAGGUGAUUUUACCAUUAUUGGUGAGAGGGGUGUUUCACUUUCUGGUGGGCAGAAAGCUCGUAUCAAUCUUGCUAGGGCUGUUUAUCGAGAUGCAGAUAUUUAUUUAUUGGAUGACCCUUUGUCAGCUGUUGACACACAUGUUGGACAACAUCUAUUUGAUGAAUGCAUGCGUGGGAUACUGAGACAGAAGACAGUUGUCCUUGUUACUCAUCAAUUACAGUACUUGAAAGGAGCAGACCUCAUUCUUCUGAUUCAAAAUGGCCGCAGUGUGGCACUGGGCACAUAUCAGGAAAUUGUCAACACAGGAAUUGACUAUGCAAAGUUGUUAAAAGAAGAGGAAGACAAUGAUGAUAGCAAAUCUGAAGCGUCCAACACCAAUGAAUUGGUGCCGCAACAACUUUCUUUACGCCGGUCAACAUCUAGAGAAAGAAAGAAGUCAAAUGUGUCAUCUUUUACAUCCUCUUUAGUGAGCCUUCAUUCUCAAAAGUCAGAUGGCAAAGAAGAGCAGCCUCAGCAGCCCACUUCUCCCCUUGUUGACAAAAUGGAAGCAUCUUCCAAAGGAGUAGUAGAAGGAUCAGUUUAUUUGCACUACUUCAAAGCUAGUGGUUCUCUACUUUUGCUUUUAGUAGUCAUAUUCUUCUUUAUAUUAACUCAGAUAGCUGCUUCUGGCACAGAUUAUUGGGUAGCUUACUGGACAAAAAUUGAGGACAAUCGUCCUCGCUUGGAUGGGGAGUUCAAUAGCACCUAUCCUAAGGUGAACUACACUGCUGUUCCUAUGAAUAAUACUGCGUCUGAUGCAGUCAUGCCUCUAAUGGAUCUGAGCACUGAUUUAUGUGCAUACAUUUAUGCUGGAUUGGCCUUUUCGACACUUUUUAUAUGUGUAAUCCGAUCAGCUGUAUAUUAUUACUUGGUUCUCCGAAUAUCACAACGACUCCAUGACUUCAUGUUUUCUUCUGUUAUUGCUGCUCCAAUGAGAUUUUUUGAUACCAACCCAUCAGGUCGCAUUUUGAAUCGAUUUGCAAAAGAUAUGGGGUCAGUAGAUGAGAUUUUACCUAAAAUUAUUUUAGAUUCUUCACAGGUAAUCUUGAACUUGGCUGGAUCAUUUACUCUGACAGUCAUAACAAAUUAUUUUCUAUUGAUCCCUCUAUCAGUAAUGUUUGUUAUACUUCGCUGCCUUCAAAAGUUUUAUUUGAAGACUUCUAAGGAUGUUAAGCGUAUUGAGGGCAUGGUGCGCAGCCCUGUGUUUUCGCAUUUAAAUGUUUCCUUGCAAGGCAUGGUCACCAUCAGAGCAUUUGGGGCUCAAAGGUUACUGAAAGAAGAAUUUGAUAAACACCAAGAUCUUCAUAGUGGAGCCUGGUUCAUGCACUUGGCUGGGAGUUCAGCCUUCUCUUUCCUCUUAGAAUUCACCACACUCUGUUACAACAUGAUUGUAUUAAUAAGCCUCUUUGCUUAUACACAGGAGAGUUCUGGCGGUGAAGUGGGGCUUGCCAUCACACAGUGCAUGAGUCUACUGGGCAUGCUGCAGUGGGGCAUUCGGCAGUCAACUGAGGUGGCAAAUAAUAUGAUGGCAACGGAGAGAAUUAUAGAAUAUGUUCAGCUUCCACCUGAGCAAAAGGCAUUGGCUAAGGAAAGCAAAUUAGCUGUAGAUUGGCCACAGAAGGGAUGUGUGAAACUCGACCAUGUAUACUUGAAGUAUUCUGAUGAUGAAGAUCCUGUUCUUCGUGAUCUCAACAUUACGAUUCAGCCAGGAGAAAAGGUUGGCAUCGUGGGUCGCACUGGUGCUGGGAAGUCAUCAUUGAUUGCAACGCUUUUUAGAAUGGCUGUUGUGGAAGGCCAUGUUGUCAUUGAUGAUGUUGACACUGGUAAUGUAACUCUGACUAAAUUACGGUCAUCUAUAUCCAUAAUUCCUCAAGAUCCCGUCUUAUUCUCUGGAACCAUGCGUUACAACCUUGAUCCAUUUAAUGAAUACAAGGAUGAAAAGCUUUGGCAGGCUCUAGACGAGGUUGAAUUGAAAGAUGUCUUAUCAUCGGAGCUCGGGCUCAACUCCAGAGUUCUUGAACGUGGCAGCAAUUUCAGUGUUGGUCAGCGUCAGCUGGUUUGUUUAGCAAGGGCCAUUCUCCGUGCCAAUAAAAUCUUGAUGAUGGAUGAAGCAACAGCAAAUGUUGAUCCACAAACUGACAAACUUAUUCAAACAACAAUUCGAGAAAAGUUCAAGGCUUGCACUGUUCUCACUGUGGCUCAUCGUCUAAAUACCGUCAUAGAUUCUGAUCGAGUUUUGGUGAUGGACAGUGGCUCCGUUGUUGAAUUUGACCAUCCACACAAACUACUUGAGAGACCUGGAGGAGUAUUCACAGGCAUGAUCAACCAAUUGGAGGGACAUGGUGCUGAGCAGCUUAAGCAGACAGCCAAGCAGCACUACAAGAAUCAUCAUGCACCAGCGGAAAACUAAAGGAUACUUUUCCCAAGCAGUCCACUGGUUCAGGCUGGUCACCUAGGCGGCUCUACUGAUGUAUUUGGUGGGUUGACAAGCACUCAAGGGGCAGAAUUAAUUGUCCCACUCGUGUGCCGCUCUAUUCCAGUAUUAUGAAAAAAAAAAUUAUUUUUAAGCUACCUCAUGCCUUAAAAAAUCUAAAUAUUUUUUUAAAAUAUCUGUGAGCUUGUGUUGACUUUUGUCAACUUGGUGGUUUAGACAUGUGAUAAUUAUUUGAUAUUGAAUGGUCCAAAAUGUGCUAAGUUAAUUUAGCACCACAAUGACUUACUGUACUGUGCUUAAUGGCCUUGCAAAAUUGUGAUAAUAUAUUUUUGAGUCUGUAAUAGUAGAAGAAAAAAUAUAUUUGCUAUGUAACCCUGUUUUGUAAACUGUUUCCCCAUCAGUUAAAUUUAGAAAUGAAGAUGGGCUAUUCAGUAUUUUUGUCAAUUUCAUAUUCAUAUAGUCUAUUUUGUAAUAUGUAAGUGUUCUUUCAAUCACUUGUUGAGAAAUCUGUGAUUAAAUUUAUUUUAUUACCAGUUUACUCCACAAGAGGGGAAUCAUUUUCUUGUUACUUUAGUUAUAUUCCUAGUUGUACUGAAUCUUUGAGGGUAAAUACUUUGUAAUCUCAGUGUGCUGCUGACACAAAUUUCUGAAAUCUUACGAUGCCGUUACUUAAAAUAAAUAAUUGAAGCUCAAUUGAAAA